UGUACCGUAAGGUUACCAAUAAACUGUUUUAAGCACCGCUUUGAGGAAGAAUAUAAUUAGCAUCAACAUGUCAUUGGAGCACACUUUUUUAGGAACCUGGGAGAUAAUUUCAUGUACUUUCGAAGGCAAACGCGAGGUUUCUGGACUUGAAGGAAUAAAAUUUCGCCUAGACAAUACCAGCGACAUUACCUGGUACAAUGAUUUGGUUAGUCCACUUCCUGAAAUAAUUGACUGCAGCACCUGCAAUGAUACAGCAAGUGUUUUAUUUAGUUGUGAAACAUUUGAUGUACGCGAAACUAAUCCUCGUCUCGUUUUUGGUGCCUAUGCUGGCCACAGUAUUGAAUUUAGUACUAGUACAUUAAUGCCAACUGAUUAUAUAGUGCUUAGUUGCGAAAACUGGUAUUCAGUUGAAUGCAAGAGGCUUCAGGACGAUCGACCGAAUGGUCAGGAAAGGCAAUUCAGUUUUGGUGAAGCGCUUCUAGAGCGCUAUUUCAGCGAUGUAGUAGUCAAAAGUUGUACUGGAUUCGAAUACGCCCUUCAUUCCUCUAUACUGCGUCUUAACGGAUUCGACUGUAGUAUGUGUGCAAGCAAUACCCUGCUGUCAACAUCGCAAAACUUGCAGCCUUUGCAUUUUACGCCAAAUAUAUCAAAGCUGAAUCCGAUAAAUAUAUCGAUUGGUAUAGCUGAUUCUGGAAAAGAACAAUCGAAACAUUUGCAAGGCGUUAAUUUAUCCUCCGUAUAUAUGCAGCCAGUUUGCGAUUUUCAACUUUUUGCACCAACCGCUGGAUUGGAAACGCAGCGUUUUCAUUAUUUUAGCAGCAGUUUUAACCGCCUAACCAAUGUCAAUAUGAAAGAUUCAGUUGAGACAGUCUAUAAUGCUGAUGGUGGAUUACUACGCAUGUGUACUUCGCAUUCAGAAUCACACCUGGAAAUAUCUCAAGAAUCAACAAAUAUUUUCAAUUUUUGUCAGGACUUGUUGCAACCUGUGUCGUCGGCUGUUCUUCAAAGCAGUGGAGCCGCUGUAUGCAAUACACGCCGACCGCCACUGUCUCCUUAUCGACUACGCAGCUCUUUACCGCUUUCUAAUUUAAUAGAUACGCCACCGUCUUCACCGCUAACGCCAGUUGGAGUCCUCUUUAAUUUACCGACAUUUCUUUUGAACCCGAUCUUACAUUGGUUGUAUACAGAAUCUUUACUACCUGAACUGGAUGAGGGUGAUUGUGAGAAGCUGAUCAAUUUUUGCGAAGCGCAACCUUCACUAACCAAGCUGGUUCCACCAACUCGCAAGUACCUGCGUUUACUGCGACUUAAAAAAUUGGUUGAGAAUCUAACAAUGGAUCUACACAACAUACUUAACCGCAUAAUACAGUACAUUGAUCCUGUCACAAUAUCUUACACGCCAGCAUUACUUUAUGCAACUUUCCAAAAUGGACUGCGGGAAUGCGCAUUAGGCUGCGUUAAGAUGUUGCAAUUUUGCAAAAUCUUUAUAAAUGAUGCCACCCACCUUACUCGUUAUCAGAAAAAUGAGAUUGUAAGAUUCGUCCGAUCUCGCAUACCAAUAUUUAUAUCGCAAGUUCUGCAAUUGUUGCGUAAUACUCUUGAAGUAUUUAUUGGGCUAAACAUUAAUGAAAAGGAAGAGUUGGUGAACUACCUUGUACCUGAAAUUGAGAUUACUCUACGGAUUUUAACUACAGUGAUAGAAGAAAUCAAAAAUUCCAUGGAAACUAUUUGUAAGAACUUCAAAUGCAAUCAUAUUGAUGAAUCGCAGGAACAGGAACAUAUGAACAAUGAUAUUGCCAUGCAGAUGGGAUUUGUUAACGAAACGAUAUUAUCGCCGCGGCCACGCCAUUGUCCACCUUUUGGCACAGCACUCUAUGAAAAUCAUUCCGAGCAACGCUUCGGCUAUGUAGAAUCUGAUCUAAAAUUUGUUCUCUAUAUGUACGGAGUUAAAAAUAUGCGUGAUAUUUGUGGACGCAUCACUACUGCGCUGGAAAUAAUAAAAGCCAAAAAAAGCACCUUCUGUGAAAUGGACGUCUUCAGUAAACGCAGCACGAUUAAACGAAAUCUUGAAAAGCUUAUUUUGGACAUACCUACAUACAUAUCUACAAUAGAGAAUCUUUCAGAUCGCCUAGAUGAUAAAUUAGGAUGGAAGCAAUUCAAAUUCUGUUUUAAGUUGGCAACCAGCCAAAUUAAUGGCGUUAUUGCGAAGUUAUUGGAUCAUAAGUUAGCGCUCCGACAAGCUAUUGAACAAAUAUGUAAGGUAGUCCGAAAACAAGAAUUUUUGAUGUCGAUUAUUGAGCUCGGUCUUCUGGAGCCAUCUAAUCAAUUACUACACGAACUCAAGCUUGCUGACUCCGAGAAUAAUUUGGAUAAAUUAGAUCAGGGAAGUAAAGGAACGAAGCCUAUGAAUCAAUAUCACGAGUACAUAAAUUUUAAGCUCAACUUAAUAAGAAAUUUGUGUGAGCCGCCCAUUGCAGCCCACAGUAAUUUAUCAAAAAAUGCAUUACGCUUACUUCACUCGGCGCAAAUGGCGGAUAUGGAAUUUGAAGUUCAUACAUAUGCAUCAUCAACAUCAAGCGACAAAGUGUGGGCUACAUUGAUGGUGUCGCACAUUGAAGACAAAAAUGCGUCGCUUCAAGUUCAUAGUUUUAAGGCACAUCGUGUUAUUGUGGCUGCACGCUGUGAAUGGUUUAAAAAAGCGCUAAUGUCUGGAAUGCAGGAAUCUAUUAAGAGAAAAGUCGUUAUUACGGACACUUCGCCGGUAAUCUUUCGAAGACUACUGCUCUACAUAUAUGGUGCUCCUAUAGAUCGUACUGUGGGAGCAGAUCAAAUAUGCGAGCUAAUGCUGCUGGCCGAUAGAUACUCAAUUGAUAAUUUGAAGGAAAUAUGCGAGAGUACCCUUAAUUCCUUGAUAGAUGAGGAUUCCGUCGUCGUUUUGCUUGGGAUAGCGGAUCGAUACUUUGCAACUCUGCUCAAGUCCAAUUGCAUUUCAUUUUUAUCGAAGCACGCUCAUCUUACUAAAUCUGAAAUCUUCAAGGAACUGCCACAAGCUCUUCAAGUAGAGGUGAUUGACUUAGUAAAUUGGUUCGGACGCGCACCGGAACCAUGGAACGACUAUACCUUUUGUGAAGCUGAAGUAUUUUUACCAUUCAAAGUGAGAUAUUGUCAGUGUUGCCAAAUCAGCUUUUUUCCCGUAAAAUCUGGCUUUUUUGAAAAGCCGAUUGCGGGAAAAAUUCCAAAACAGCGGACAGCGGGAAUUCUGGAUUUUUUAAAGAAUAAUUUGCUUUAUUUCCGCUUUUUUAUUUAUUGAAGAAAUUUUCGUAUUUUGUAUGGAUAAUUCGUAUGAAGAAUGAAGUUUUCUUCAUUGUAGUUAAAUUAAAACCAAAUAGUUCAGUAAUUCAAUUUUCAAUGAACGAACCAAACGGUAAUAAUAUGGAACUAACUAAACUAAGAUAUGAUUUAUAUUUAAUUCAGAACAACCUAUUGUGAACAACAAUAUCGAACUUUUUGAUUCUAUGUAAAUGAAACGAAAAGAUUAAAAAAUGUAUGCAACUAUUUUGAUAGAGUGUAGUACAAUAUCGAACUUUUUGAUUCUAUGUAAAUGAAACGAAAAGAUUAAAAAAUGUAUGCAACUCUUUUGAUAGAGUGUAGUACAAGAAUUUAUGUGUUGCCGACAAAUUUUCAAAUAGUAAAAAAUGUUGAUUCCUUUUCAUGCAUAAAUAUUUUUUGAGAACAUUGAUAGUAUUGAGCCCCAAUAUAAGAACAUCCACCCAAUUCAGUAGGAAACUACUCAAGACGCUACAGAGUUUUGAGUUGAGAAGCGUGUUCUAAGGGUUUGAUAGGAUAUAAGAAAUUUAGGAACUUGGCCACUUUUGCAUUGUUUCCUUUGCUAAUGCCCAAGUGGGUAACAUUUUUCGUCAGAUCAAUACUGUGAUGCUUAACUCAAUUUCAAGCAUUUGGUGAAACAUAUAUUAUAAAACUUCACAGAUACGGCUUGCGGUGUUUGAAGAAAUGAUGCCAUGAUUAUAAGUUGUUAAAAAUAUAUUUAAGUAUCAAUCA